AAACACAUCUCUGUGAAGGUAAUUCUAGACUGGGCUAGUGGAAAAGCCAAUCAGGAUGUAGAUUUCAUCUUUGUGCUUCCAUUUCGAGAACUAAACUUGAUUCGAGAUGAUCAGUACAGUCUUCACAAACUUCUUCUGCAUUUUCAUCCUGACUUUCAAGAUCUGGAUUUAAAGGUUUAUGAGGAGUGUAAACUUAUGUUCAUCAUUGAUGGUCUGGACGAAAGCAGAAUGACGCUGACGUUUUCAGAUAGUGAGAACAUUUCUGAUGUGACUGAGACGUCAUCAGUGGGUGUGUUGAUAUCAAACUUGAUAAAAGGAGAGCUACUUCCCUCUGCUCUAAUCUGGAUCACCUCCAGACCAGCAGCAGCCAAUCAGAUCCCUUCCAAGUACAUUGACCGUGUGACAGAAAUUCAGGGAUUCAGUGAACAUCAGAAGGAGAAAUAUUUUAGGAAGAGUAUCAGUGAUGACCAUCAAGCCAGCAGAAUCAUCUCACACAUCGGAUCAGCAAGAAGCCUCCACAUCAUGUGUCAAAUCCCUGUCUUCUGCUGGAUCUCAGCCACUGUACUUCAAAAGCUCCUGAAAGAUCUGAAAUCUGAAGCAGAAAUCCCUCAAACUCUGACUGAAAUGUACAUCCACUUCCUGCUCAAUCAAAUAAACCUGGGGAACCAGAAGAAUGAAGAGAGAGAACCAGAGAAACUCCUGCAGUUCAAAAGAGAAGUGAUUGUAAAACUCGCUGAACUGGCUUUCAAACAGUUGAUGAAGGGCAAUGUCAUAUUCUAUGAGGAGGACCUGAGAGAGAGCGGCAUAGACGGGACUGACACCUCUGUGUAUUUUGGGAUUUGCACUGAGAUCUUUGAGGAAUCUGUGAUUCAUCAAACAAAGGUCUAUAGUUUCAUACAUCUGAGCUUUCAGGAGUUUCUAGCUGCUUUUUAUGUAGUUCACUCCCAUCUGACGAAAAACAAAGAGCCAUUGCAGUUUUUUCUUGAUGAUAAAAACAAGUUGUGUAGAUAUAAGAGACAAAAGUACAAAGGUAUGAGAAACUCUUUGUGUGAGAUACUAAUAUCAGCAGUUGAUAAAACCCUUCAGACCGAAAAUGGACACCUGGAUCUUUUUCUGCGGUUCCUGCUGGGUGUCUCACAGGGCUCCAAUCUAGCACUUUUAAAUACACUACUGACACCCACAGAGAACAGCUAUGAUACCAUCAAGAGAAUUCCUUACUACAUUACAGAUAAAAUCAAGGGAUAUGGAAAUCUUUCAGCUAACAAAUCCAUGAGUCUCUUCCUCUGUCUGCUGGAAAUGAAUGAUCAGAGUCUGUACAGAGAGAUUCAGGAGUUUGUGAAAUCAGAAAAACAAUCAUGGAAUAAACCCUCUUCUUCUCACUGUUCAGCAAUCGCCUACACACUUCAGAUGUCAGAGGAGGUGCUGGAUGAGUUUGAUCCAAUGAAAUACUAUGCAACAAAUGAAGAUAGAAUAAGACUGAUACCAGCUGUGAUGAACUGCAGAAAUGCUCUACUUGCUGGAUGUGGCCUCACUGAUCAGCAUUGUGAAACUUUGUCUUUAGCGCUGCGAUCAUCAAACUCUCAUCUGAGGAAGCUUGACCUGAGUAACAAUGAUCUGCAGGAUUCAGGAGUGAAUUUGUUGUCUGCUGGACUGAAGAGUUUACAGUGUCAACUGAAUAUACUAAGACUUGUUGGAUGUCGUCUCUCUGAUCAGUGCUGUGGACGUUUGUCUUCAUCUCUUCAGUCAUCAAGAUCACAUCUGAGAGAGCUGGACCUGAGUAACAAUGACCUGCAGGAUUCAGGUGUAAAACUGCUCUCUGUUGGACUGAAGAGUUCUUACUGUCAGCUGAACAUACUGAGAUUCGCCUUAUGUAAUCUCACUGGUCAGUGCUGUGAAAGUUUGGCUUCAGCUCUACAAUCAUCAAACUCUCGUCUGAGGGAGCUGGACCUGAGUAACAAUGACCUUCAGGAUUCAGGAGUGAGUUUGCUCUGUGCCGGACUGAAGAGUUUACACUGUCAACUGAACAUACUAAGAUUGUCUGGCUGUAUGGUGACAGAGGAAGGCUGUUGUUAUCUGUCUUCAGCUCUAAAUUCAAACCCCUCACACUUGAGAGAGUUGGAUCUGAGCUACAAUCACCCAGGAGAAUCAGGAGUCAAACUACUCUCUGAUAUACUGAAUCAUCCAAACUGCACACUGGAAAAACUGAAUGUGGAUCAUGGAGGAGAAUUCAGGAUUACAGCAGGACUACACAAAUAUUUAUGCGAUCUCACAAUGGAUCCAAACACCACAAACCCUAAACUCAUUCUCUCUGAGGAGAACAGAAAGGUGACAUAUGUGGAUGAGGAUCAGCCAUAUCCAGAUCAUCCGGAAAGAUUUGAUAAGCAUCCUCAUGUCCUGUGUAGGGAGUGUCUGUCUGGACGCUGUUAUUGGGAGGCUGAAUGGAGUGGACAGGCUGAUAUAUCAGUGACAUAUAAAGAAAUUGGCAGGAAAGGAAAGGAGGCUGACUCUGUGUUUGGAUUCAAUAAAAACUCUUGGUGUCUGAUCUGCUCUGACGAACCAUUUGGUCUCUGGUAUGAUGAUCAACACAUUGACACAUGUGUCACUUCAGGCUCCUGUAGAAAAGCAGGAGUAUAUGUGGACGUGUCAGCCGGCACUCUGUCCUUCUACAGUGUCUCUGACACACAUGCACUUACACGCAUAUACACAUUCAACACCACAUUCACUGAAACUCUGUAUGUUGGAUUUGGCUUUAUGGUUCAUGAUUUAAACUCCACACUGUCUCUGUGUCGGAGAGAGAAGCCUGCAAACAAUGCCACAGAUGUCACACGUGAAUGAAAUGAAUACGUUCACUUUAUAUACCUUUAACAUAUAUGUAAAUGCACUAAUUUAAACAUGUAGACUCGUUUAUCUUUGCACAAUAAUCUAAUUUAUCUUUCAAACAAUGUUUCUUGAAUAUUUAAACAAAAAAAUUUACACUGAAUGAUGUCCUGCUCCUCAUGUAUUUUACAGGUAUGUUUGCCUCAAAUCUUAAAUCUAAAAUUGUACGGUUGGGUAUCAACAAAGUAGAUUAUUUCUUACAAAAUGACUGUUGUUACAAUUCAGAAAAACAAAAAAGAAAACAAAAAACUAUUUUAAAAACUUGUUCUGUAGUACUUCUUUGGUUGAUUUUUAAUUGUUGUUGUAAUCACUGUGGUACAUCCGUUUAGAGUGCAAUAAAGA